CUGACCGGUGACGGUCAGAAGGUACAGUUAAAUGCUGUACCGAUAAUAAAAAUUGUCAUCUGGGGAGGUUUUAGCGUUGAUAAUGCUACAUUAAACCGAUUCUUCAGUCUUCACUAUUUAUUACCAUUCAUUUUAGCAGCUUUAGCAGUAAUGCACUUACUAACUCUACAUGAACAUGGAUCAAGUAACCCUCUAGGAAUUACAGCAAAUGCUGAUAGACUUUAUAUGCAUCCUUAUUAUACAUUUAAAGAUUUAGUAACAAUCUUCUUAUUUUUCUUAGUAUUAGCUUUAUUCUUAUUCUAUGCACCGAAUAAACUCGGUCAUCCUGAUAAUUAUAUUCCAGCUAACCCAAUGCAAACUCCAGCUUCUAUUGUACCUGAGUGGUAUCUAUUACCUUUCUAUGCUAUUUUACGAUCAAUUCCUGAUAAAUUAGGAGGAGUUAUUGCUAUGUUUGGUUCUUUACUAAUUCUUCUAGCUAUGCCUUUAUUAGACACUUCAAGAGUUAGAGGUUCAGCGUUCCGACCAUUAAUGAAAUUAGCUUUCUGGCUAUUAGUAGUAGAUUUCUUAAUCUUAUUAUGGUGUGGUGGUCAACAUGUUGAAGAGCCUUUCAUUACUUUAGGGCAAUUCGCAACUGCUUUCUACUUUGGUUGGUUCUUAAUUAUCCUACCAGUAGUAGGUAUCGUUGAGAAUACUCUAAUGGAUUUAGCUGCAGAAGAAAAAAAACAAUAA